GUUACGCGGGCGUGGUGCGGUUCCGCGGCGUGAGGAUCGGCGGCAUCUCGGGCAUCUUCAAGUCUCACGACUACCCGAAAGGCCACUUUGAGUGUCCACCAUACAACCAGCAAACAAUUAGAAGUGCUUACCAUGUGAGGAAUAUUGAAGUCUUCAAACUCAAGCAGUUAAAGCAUCCAAUUGAUAUAUUUAUGUCACAUGACUGGCCAAGGAGCAUAUAUCACUAUGGAAACAAGAAACAACUUCUUAAAAUGAAAUCGUUCUUCCGUCAAGAAGUGGAGAGCAACACAUUAGGAAGCCCUGCUGCUUCAGAGCUUCUGCAGCAUCUGAAACCCACCUACUGGUUCUCAGCACAUCUUCAUGUUAAAUUUGCAGCUUUCAUGCAACACCAGACAAACUCCAAAGAAGAGCUACCAAAAGCAACAAAGUUUUUGGCUCUGGAUAAAUGUCUGCCGCACAGAGACUUUCUGCAGAUAAUAGACAUAGAACAUGAUCCUAGUGCAGGUGACUCGCUGGAGUAUGAUGCUGAGUGGAUUGCAGUCCUCAAGGCCACCAACAGUCUUGUUAAUGUGACUCAGAGCUCGUGGAAUAUGCCUGAAAAUAAUGGCCUCCAUGCAAAGUGGGAUUACAGUGCGACAGAAGAAGCCAUCAAAGAGGUGUUAGAAGAGCUGAAUCAUAACCUCAAAAUUCCUUGUAACUUCACAUUGACAGCUGCUUGUUAUGAUCCCAGCAAGCCCCAAAAACACGUGGAACCAGUUCAUACCAUCAAUCCACAGACCACCGAGUUUUGUGCCCAGUUUGGCCUCACUGACAUCAAUGACAGGAUCCAGCAAGCUAAAGAAGAGGGCUCAGUACGAGGCGAAUAUGAAGAGGAGGAGGAGGAAGAGGAGAUGGACAGUACUGGGUCAGCAGAGGAACCCAGUGAAUAUAAUACAGAUAAUUCUGGACUUUCAUCCUUUAAUCCAGAUGAAAUAAUGCUGGAUGAAGAAGGGGGCGAUGAAGACUUGAGUACAUGUUCUGUAGAUCCUUCCCCUGAUCAUCCUCCUGACUUUUCUGCAAGUUUUUCUGACAUCCGGAUCAUGCCAGAUUCCAUGGCGGUAUCGUCUGAUGAUGCUAUGGACUCCACUAACGAGGAACUGGAGAAAUCUGGUGUGAGUAAGCAGGUGGAAGAGAAGAGCUUAAAUGAGAGACCAUUAAAGCGCAUUGGUGGUAAUGAAAAUGGAAACAGUGGCAUUAAAAAAAUUAAGAGAAGGAAUCAAGCUAUCUAUGCUGCCGAGGAUGAAGAUAAAACAGAAUAAUACUUCAUAUGAUGUAUAAAUAAGUUCUCUCUGUACCUUUUUUUAUGGGAAGGUGGUAAGAACUGUGGUGGACUACUCGUGCUUUUAAUGUUACUUGAU